AUGAGUGACGAUUCCAAAAUCAAGGAAGUAUACCAGCUUCUCAGGCAUAUUCAGCCAUCAAAAAUAGAACACCGUCGUGAGGAUUCUAUUACAUUAGCACCAGAUUUGGAGGACGAAAUUCUUCAGACAGUUGAUGUACCACUCAAAAUUGUCCAGGAUGAAGUAAAGAACGCCCCAUACAUCGCAUGCGAAUUUAACCGCGAUCUCGACAGCUACAGAUCACCAAUCAGCAACAAAUACUUCCCAAGUUUACCAGACGGCCAGAAGCUUCCAAAGCGUCUUCGCAAUAUGGAAAUCAAGGCUAACACAGCUUUCGGCGCUUACACACACCUUUACUACAACGGCGGCAUUUGCUCUGUUUAUUUCUGGGAAAUCGAUAAGGGAGUCUUCGGAUGCGGUGUUUUCAUCAAGAACGAAAUCGACACAGAGCUUCGCAGUGGUGAGCACAUCAAGGGCUCAAUCAACUGCGCAGAUACAAUCGAAGUUGAUGAAACCGAUGAAACAGCUACAUACACACUUACAUCCUCUGCCAUCGUUAAUGUUGAACUUGAUGUCGGCAUUGGAACACCACUCACAAUUUCUGGUUCCACAUCUGACAGAAAAGUCAAGAAGGCCAAGUGGGGCAAUGAUAAUGACCACAUCGUUAACAUCGGCCAGCUCGUCGAAUCUAACUCUGCCAACUUUAAGGACACAAUCGACGGAAUCUUCGUUGGCAAGAUGAAGCAGAUCAUGGAUCUCCUCGCUAACAACGACGGCCGUGCUCAACAGGCAGCUAUGGCUGAGGCUUUCGCUGCUCAGGCUCGUGCUCGUGGCCUUAAAUAA